AAAAAAGGAGAAGAAAUGGUUAAAGAUUUACAGAUGAAGUAUCAAACCCUACAACAAAAGCAAGCAAGUGGUGAACUUGCUCCCGUAGAAAUAGAAAAACAAGCUGCCGCUCUUAAGCAAGAAGAAGCAAAAUUGGGAGAGUUCGAGCAAUCAAUCGCCAAUGCCAUUCAUCAUUUUUUACCCAACGAACGACUGAUUUAUUUCGGCGAUACUGUCCAUCUACCUUAUGGUGAUAAAUCUGCGGAUGCCAUUAGAUAUUAUAGUCUUAGGAUUAGCAAAUUUUUGUUGGAGCAAGAUUGUAAGAUGAUCAUCAUUGCUUGUAACUCCGCUUCUUCGGCAGCUUAUGAUAUGUUGCUGGAUUUUUUUGAAGGCAAGGCUUUAUUUGUUAAUGUAGUAGAUCCACUAGUCAAUGCUGUCAUUAGCCAAGCAUAUAAAAAUGUAGGUGUCAUAGCUACAAAAGCUACUAUUAACUCUUCCAUCUAUAAAAAUAAAAUAAAAUCUCUUAAUCAAAAAGUUAAAGUUAAUCAAGUGGCAACGCCUUUAUUGGCACCUAUGAUAGAAGAAGGUUUUUACAGUGGUAAUAUUUCUAAAAGUGUCAUAGAAAACUAUCUAAGUCACCCUGAUUUAAAAAAUAUUGAUGCUUUGUUACUAGCAUGUACGCACUAUCCAUUGAUAAGAAAUGAAAUCAAUGAAUAUUACAGCGGCCAAGUUGCAAUUUUGGAUUCCACCGAUGUCGUCAGAGAUGAAGUUAAGCGUAUUUUAACCGAAGAAGGUUUACUUUGCGAAAACAGAAUUGGUCAUGAUGCCUUUUAUGUUUCUGAUUAUACUUCUUCAUUUGAGGAAACGGCAAAAAACUUUUAUGUUUUUGUCUCUUGUGAUAAAAGUGAUGAUAAUCAAUCAGUG